AUGUGCGACGUCAAAGACACCUCACCAACGCCAGAAACCACAACCUCACUCACAGAAGAACAACUCAAUAACAUCCAUUCGUACAAACUUGGUAACAUUAAACUCCUCGACAAAAUUUCUUUUGUUAUUGGAGUUUGUUUAUUGCUCAUCGGAGAGUAUAUCGUGCUUGUCCGCCCAGACUUAAUGCACGUGUUCUAUAUCUGUAUGUUUGUCCCUCUCGUCACAUCAAGGUAUUUAGUGUAUCGAAUGAACAAAUGGCACUACUUUUUGUUGGACUUCUGUUACUACACAAACGCGACGCUCAUUAUCACAGUGAUUCGCGCGUUUUAUUUGAAACAAGACAUUUCCUGGAUAUUCCCGACACUCUAUGUCGUGGUUGGUGGUCCUUUGUUAACUGCAAUUCCAAUGUGGAAUAACGCACUUGUCUUCCACGACUUCACGAAACUGACGUCUAUCACUAUCCACUUGUUACCAGGGAUGGUUGUCUAUUGUAUUCGAUGGAAGAGCGAUAUUCCUAUUCCUCAAGAACUCGACUUUGUGAAUGGGUUUGUCUUCCCUUUAAUCUUUUUCUCGAUAUGGCAAACACUGUACCUCGUGAUAACAGAAGGGUUUAAAAGAGAAACGAUCUAUGAGGAGGGAUACAUGACAAGUGUGAGAUGGUUGGUAGAGGAGAAACCCCACAAAAUAUUGGUGUACAUGAGGAAGUUCUUCCCCGAGAAGUUCUCAUAUCUGUUUGUGAUGACUUGUGUGCAAGUUGGAAUGUAUUUCAUGACAACGUUACCACAAUUCUAUUUGUAUAAACACAGAUUUGCACACCAAAUGUGGAUCACGUUCUGUUUUGUGUUCUGUGUCUGGAACGGUGCGAACUACUAUUUCGAUGUCUUCGUAAAUAGGUACAUCGACUAUCUCAGCCAAUUCAAAACUACCAACGCGAACAAAAAAGAAAAAGUCGUUCAACCAGUGGGUGACACGGAAAACAAAGAAAAGAAAGAUUGA